AUGAUAUCUUCAGGCCGCCUCGCUAUCCUCGCCGCCCUGUUUCACGUGGCGCUUGGCUCCACCGACUAUUUCUCAAGCCCGCGCGAAAAGGAUGUUCUGGUCAUCGGAGACACCCAGAGAAUCAAAUGGUUUACGGCAAUGCCCAAGUUUACCCUCGCGCUCUGGCAAGAGAACAAUGGCAAGGGCUCGUCACUGGGACCUGUACUUCUCGAAAUCAAAGGUGGAUCCCCGGUUUCGCAGUUCGACUGGGUUGUGCAGACUUACUCGAUGGACUUCCAAAAGUCGAACCACUUCUUCUUCUGGCUGUGUGAAGGUGAUGCCAGCCAGCAGGGCAAUCGGUCCAACCAUUACUUUAUUUCAGGUUACUUCAACAUUACCGAUAAGCAGUUAUCAACGUCUACGCCGUUGCCUUCCUCUUCAGCGACAUCGACAUCGACCACGAGUACAAACAUCCCGUCGCUUGUAAGCAUAGCCAGCGAUGACGGGUCAUCACGGGACUCAGGCUUGAGCCCAGGAGUUGUCGCAGCUAUCGUUGUUAGCUCAUGCGUUGGGAUUGCAGCAAUCAUUGGAAUUUUCUAUUGGGUUUCGCGGCUCAGUAAAACCCAGAAGAAGCUCGUAGCUCGGUUGGAACAGCUGAGUGAAGGGACAGAUCAGCAGCAAGAUCAUCCGCCAAAGGAGCAGCAUAUUCACCGCGAUUCAUCCCUGUUGUCACCGCAAAUGCUGAUGGCUAGAGAAAACCCAAAACUGGUGGAACUGAGUUGA